UCUUGUAUAAACUUUUUCCUCGUAAUAAUAAUUGACCAACUUGAGUGGAAAUUUUGGGGGACGUGUUUGCGUGAGGUCGCUCUGUUGCUUUCGGAAAUGAUGCUUAUAAGGAUGAUAAGGAGAGGUAAUUGUUGUCAACAAGAAACUGCUAAUCAGGGUCAUCUUUUGUCUUUUUCAAGAUCAUGGGAUUUGCUCUCAGAAAGCAUUCAAGGAUCUCUCAAUUUCCAUUUGCGUCCUCUGGGAAUUUCCGGAAGAGGUGUAUAUUUUUCCAAAGCCUACUUUUGUAAUAACCAAGGAUGGAACCCUUAUCUCUUGACACAGGGUCCAGCCUUCAAGAGUGGCAAAGCAGAGCUCCAAUAUUCAGCUCAAAGAUUUUCUAUGCUGUUGGGGGUUUUAAAGAGACAUCAUUUUUCAACAUCUGCAGCUGGCGCUGGUGAUGAAAUGAAUGAAAAGGAAAAAAUCGUCGCGACUUUUGUGGAGAAAGAGGGUGAGGAGAAGCAAAUGAAGGGCCCUAUUGAAAUCUCAAUGUUGGAAGCUGCCCACGAAAAUGAUAUAGAACUUAAAGGAAGGAGUACGCAGAGAUCAGAGGAUGAGGAUUCUCAUGCUCCAUCAGCUACUUUUGCUCCCAUGAAUUCUGAUUGCAGUGUGACGGAUACAAUAGCCAUAGAGUGCAAGAUGGUUGGUGUCAGCUCCCAUGGAACAAGAAGUGCACUUGCAAGGGUGACACUGGUAAACACUUGGGGGAACGUCAUAUAUGAUGAAUUUGUCAGGCCAGUAGAGCCUGUUGUUGACUUCCGAUCUGAAAUGAGUGGAAUUCGACCCCGUAACUUGAUGGAAGCGCAGGACUUCUCGACGGUUCAAAACCAUGUCUCAGAUUUAAUGAAGGGAAGGAUUAUUGUUGGUCAUUCUUUGUGGCUCGAUCUUAAGACACUGCUGCUGAAUCAUCCUAGAAAGGACAGAAGGGAUACAUCUGAAUACAUGCCUUUCAAAAGGGAUGGAAAGCCAACUGCUUUACGCAAUCUUGCAUACCUCUAUCUCGGUGUUAAAAUCCAAGAAGGCACGCAUUGCCCAGUUGAAGAUGCCCGAGCUGCCAUGGCAAUUUACCAGAAACAUAAGAAGGAAUGGGAAAUAAGUAUCAAACAACAGAUUGGAUCAACAAAGAAGAUCAAGGAAAAGAAACAAAGUAAACCAGCGGACAACAAAGCCUUGAAGCCUGAUCAUGCUGCCACUCUAUCUGAACUCAUGAGAUCAAAGAAGAAGAACAAGAUGAAGAAGAAGCAGCAGCAAACCAAUGGACAACAAAGCCUUGAAGCCUGAUCAUAUCACCACCGUAUCUGAAGCUCAGAUGAGAUCAAAGGACUAAAAAGACAACGAAGCAAACCAAUGGACAACAAAGCCUUGGACCCUUGACCAUGUUACAACUAUAUCUGAAACUUGAAAAAAAUAGAUUGGCAUAUUUAUGCAAUAUUUAAUCAUCAAGAUCUCAAAAUAGUUGGGUCUUGGUUAUAUCACCAUUAUGAUAAUGUGUGGGUCUGAACAGGCCUUGCUAGUGCAAACUGAAAAUCAGGAUCCACUGAUAUCAACAGCUCCAGUAGGAUGAACCUCUCUGGGCGCUGAAUCUUGAGACGGGGUUCCCAGAAGCCUGGUACAUGCAAAGAGAUGUUUAUGUGGACUGUCAUCAAUUAGCAAUGCAAAGCUUAUCAUAAUCCAA